AUGUCAGCCUCGUUCACCAACCCAGUGGUAUGGGAAGACCUACCGGAUAUGGAGGUUAUUCGUGUCGACAGUGUCUACUACAUGAGCGCGUCUUCCUUCCAUUUUUCACCUGGGGCGCCCAUUCUCAGAUCUUACAACCUCGUCGAUUGGAAAUAUGUUGGUCACUCGAUCCCGACACUGCCACCCACUGAACAAUUCUCCCUCAAUGAACGACGACCUAUGGCGUACGGGAAGGGCGUAUGGGCAUCAACCAUGAAGUAUCGCAAGAGCAAUGGGCUUUUUUAUUUCUAUAGUGCCAUUCAAGGCACGAAUAGUACGUAUAUCUGGACGGCUGCAUCUCCCUCGGACGUGUGGACUGCCCAUUCGCCAAUUCAGAGAUUCUAUUACGACCUUGGGCUCUUAAUCGAUGAUGACGAUACUAUGUACAUUGCCCACGGAACUAGGACGAUCCAGGUCGCACAGCUUUCCCCGGAUGGACUAGCGGAGGUCAUCAGUAAAGUUGUGUAUUCCUCAGACGACUAUCUUGAAGGAGCCCGCAUGUACAGGAUACAAGGCGCGUACUAUAUCUGGCUCACCAAAUCCUGGGACACACAAGUCGUGCUGAAAUCAACGGGUGGUCCUUUUGGGCCCUAUGAAGCACGGGUUGUCAUUGCAGAGAUGCGUUCGCCACUUCCAGGCGCUGGGCCUCCACACCAGGGGGCGCUUGUUGAUACUCCAGACAAUCGGUGGUACUACAUGUCAUUCACUGAUGCCUUCCCAACGGGACGUGUUCCCUUGCUGGCUCCUGUAGUCUUUGACACAGAAGGUUGGCCGGUCGUAACGGGAGAGUACACAGACUCUAAGGGAUCAUGGCUUCUCGAAUAUCCACAGUUGGCCCCCGGGUCCGAGACCUCUUCCACACAAGUAUCGCGCCCCACGAGACACAACUUCAGUCAGGAUACACUGGACCCUUGUUGGGAGUGGAAUCACAAUCCUGAUGACUCGAAAUGGGAACUCAAAGAUGGUCAGUUGAUAUUGGAGACAGGAUCAGUGACUCAGUAUCUGCAUUGCGCUACUAAUACACUUACACUCCGCACAAUCGGGCCGGGCAGUAUAUGUACCUUCCUAGUCGAUGUCUCUAUGCUGAAGGAUGGAGACAGGGCUGGGAUAUCUAUGUUCCGCGAUGAGAGUGCUUACAUUGGCGUUCAUAUCGAUGGAGACAAACCUCGCAUUGCAUAUGUUGAGGGCAUUAAGGUUGGCCCCACUGACAAGGCCAUUGGCUGGUUCAAUGGCCGUCCUGCUGCUCUGGACUGGGAGUGUAAGUCUGCUGGGUCAGUGGAAGCAGAAACACCACUAGCAAGCAGCCGCUUGUGGUUACGCAUAGUCGCGGACUUGAGAGCCGCAUGGGUGGCUGGAUACGAAAACGUGACCAGGAAGGCCACGUUUCAUUACAGCUUUGAUGGGGUAACAUUCAUGCCGCUGGGUCCAGAAUAUGCAUUGAGUCGGUCUACAGCAGGCUUUGUAGGAUACCGUUUUGCACUAUUCAAUUUCGCAACAAAAGCUCUUGGUGGAAAAGUCAAGGUGCAACACUGUGACAUGGAGGUUUGGAAUCCUAGCAUGUAA